AAUAAGCAAGGGCGUUCCCUGUGUGGGCACAACCAGCCAUAGGCCUCCUGUGAAGGGUGUCAGGCACAGCACAUGUCCCCACUAUCUUAGAAGAGUCAGUGGGGCUAUUGUGACCUCCACAGGAUUCCACUUAUCUCACAAUGGGCCACCUGAGGUCAUUGCAGAGAUAACUUCAGCAGCCCCUGAGCACACAGCACAAGUGUGCUGAGGCCAACCGUGGGUGAUCAUCCUCGGUCCUCCCUCUGGCCACCCAGGAGGUGUGGCCCCAGACCCCUACAAGAGGAGCCUCUGAGGGAAGCAGAAGCCAGAACAUAGCUCACCCACUACUGAGAGUAACCUGGUGGACAUUUCCAGCCACCACCCUGGAGGUCCUAGCACUCAGUGCUCUUCAGCCUUCCCCGGAAGAGUCGCAGAGAGACAUGUCGCCGGUGUCACCAUCCACAGCCCCAAAUGCUCUGGUGGCUGCAGAUCAAGACGCCAGCACAUCAGGGGAUCUAACUAAUACUGGGCCCCACAUCACCCACCAAACCCUGCGGAAGCCCACCAUUUCGAAGGUGAUUCUGAGGACCGUGGCUGACAAAGGGGUACGCAGCCGUGUGUCCCUUGCUGCCUUGAAGAAAGCUGUGACCACCACGGGCUACAAUAUGGCUCAGAACACCUGGCGCUUCAAGCGUGUCCUCCAGAAUCUAGUGAAGAAAGGCAUGCUCAAGCAGGUGACCGGCAAGGGUGCCUCAGGCUCUUUCCGCCUGGGCAAGAAGAAAGCCUUCAAGUCCAAGGGCAAGGCCAAAAGACGCAAGCGGAGGCAGAGGAGGCAGAAGCAAGGGCAGUGGCAGUCUGAACCACGCCAGUCACUACUAGGCUCCAAAAGGAGCCAUAAACGGCUUUUCAAGGGAGUUCGCAGGGUGGCCAAAGGCCUCCGCCAUUAAUGGGGCAGGGCAGGCGGGGGCGCCAGGCUUAACCACAAGCUCAGUCAAGUGGGAAUAAAAGCCUAACUUAUUUCACAACUGACUCCUGGAAUCUUUGGGGUUCGGAGAGUGGGAAAAUUAGG